AUGGCCUGCAACAACUCGCCGUUAUUGUGCGGCCGUAGCUACAGCAGCGUCACUCACCUCGGCGCCCACGACAGCGCUUUUCUUCGCGACUCACACGAGCUCAGCGCCAUCGCCGGCGACCAGUUCUUCAAUGCAACACUGGCACUUUCGGCUGGCGUCCGUCUGCUCCAGGCCCAGGUGCACUUUUUGAACGGCACCCUCUUUCUCUGCCACACAAGCUGUGGUUUGCUCAACGCCGGCCUCCUGGAAACAUGGCUGGGCCUCGUCGCCCGAUGGAUGGACACCAAUCCGCACGAUGUCGUGACGCUGCUCCUCGUCAACAGCGACAACCAGGCGGCGGCGGUGUUUGGCCGCAUUUUCCAGCAAGCCGGCCUGUCCAAGUACGGCUAUGCGCGCUCGGCCAGCCAACAAGGCGCCGCGGGCUGGCCGACGCUGCAAGCCAUGAUUGCCGCCAACACACGUCUCGUCACGUUUAUUGCCUCGAUUGCGGCCGACGCAAGCUACCCGUACCUGCUCAACGAGUUUGACCACGUCUUUGAGACGCCCUACAUGGUUACGAACCUCGUCCAGUUCAGCAACUGCUCGCUGGACCGUCCGCCCUCAGCAGGAUCGGCUGCGGCGGCCUUGAGGCGCGGCAUGCUGCCACUGCUCAACCACUUUGCCUACGCCAAGGUCAGCAGCACCAUCCAGAUCCCGGACGUCAGCGACAUUGACGUCACCAACAGCCCGGAUACGACGGGGACCGGCGGCGGCAGCAACGGCGGUGACGGCAUCUCGGGCACGCUGGGUGCGCAAGCCAAUCGGUGCACAACGCAAUGGGGCGGCACGAAGCCUGCGUUUCUGCUCGUCGACUUUUUCAACCGCGGACCGGCCAUCACCACGGCCGACAACCUCAACGGUCUCACGGCGGCGACGACGGUGGGCCGGACAAUCACGCAAGAGAUGCAGCAGGGCGCGGCCAGUCGGAGCACCGGCGUGGCCUUGGCUGUCCAAAAGGCUGUUUUCUGGAGGACGAUGGCGUUGGUAUUCGUGGUGGGCGCAUCCCAGGCAUUGUAG